AAGUGAGAAAAUUCCCAAAUCUGAUCAUCUCCUUUCCGAUUCCAUUCGAAGAAGGUCGACGGCGAAAUCAAGUUCACCAGUCAUGAAAAAAGACUGUCGUUUCUCUGUUCUCCUCCUCCUAUUCUUGAUUUCAAUAUCCAUUCAGACAGAAGCGGAAGUUAUUGCCCUAACUCCCGACACCUUCUCCGACAAGAUAAAGGAGAAAGACACGGCUUGGUUUGUGAAGUUCUGUGUUCCUUGGUGUAAACACUGUAAGAACUUGGGGACAUUGUGGGAUGAGUUAGGAAAGGCAAUGGAAGGAGAAGAUGAAAUAGAGAUUGGAGAAGUUGAUUGCAGUGUAAGCAAACCUGUAUGCACUAAAGUAGAUAUCCAUUCCUAUCCCACGUUUAAGCUAUUUUAUGAUGGCGAAGAAGUUCCUAAGUAUCAAGGGAAAAGGGAUGUUGAAUCGCUAAAAGCAUUUGCGUUGGAAGAAGCUGAGAAGGCAGCAGAAAAGGCACUGCUAGGCACUGAUAAAGAGUUGUAAUCAUUCAAAAGGUAUGAAACUUCCAGCAGAAUACAGGGUACUUGUGAUUGUUCACGAGGGGGUGCUUAAAUUUCGAAGACACCCCAACUUACACAAGUUCUUUGCCUCUCGGGAUAUUGUUACAAUUAUGAUGCUUCUUAUUUUUCUUUUAAAUGCUUAAACUUGUCAUGUAGGCAUGUCAAUCAAUGGCCUUAUUAGUGAUGGUAACUGGUGAGUGCUUUAUACACCGUUUGGCUGUUUUUGAAUUAGUGAUGCAUGGUCUGAAUAUGAGAAUUCCAAAUCUUUUGAUCUUAGUAGAACAAACCAUUUUUUCCCUGGAAGGAAAAGAACAGCAUUUAAAAUUU